UGUCAUAUAAAUUAUAUAGGUCUAUGCAUAUAAAUGUCUUAAAGAUUUAUAAAAUUAAAUAUAAAUUUCUAAUAAUUUUAGAAACGAUUUUGUGUUGCACUGCAAAGUUUGCGUCAGUUAUAAAUAUGUACAGUAAUUUUGUCAGACCAACGACUACGCUAGCUGCAAACCGACAUUUUAAUUCCAAAGCCUUGAGUGGAGAGGAAGCAAAGAGAUUGUAUGUUGAAGAAAUCAAGGGUGCGAAAGACCCCUCACAACUACUACGUGAUAAACCACAAUCACAACAUGUAAAUAAAACUAAGACUGUAAAAGAGCCGCGCUUAUCGGACAAAGAGCUGUUUCUGACGGUACAAAACAACGAUGUAAACACUUUAAAGGCAGUAUUAGAUAGGUAUCCUGAUAAGAUAAAUAAGAUUGACAAGUUUGGAUGGAGCUUACUCAUGAUAGCUUGUCAGGCGAAUUCUGUUGAAACAGUUCAGGAGUUGCUAGCUCGUGGUGCAGAUGUAGAUGUCCGAGAUAAAGCUGGGAACUCUGCCAGAAGCUUAAUCAUAAAAAACAAAAACUUUUCACUAGCUAGCAUAUUUGUUACACAUAGAAACAGUAUUGAAAUACAAAAUGUAACUGUAGAAGACAGUAAAAUGAGAACAAAAGAUAAAGAAAAAUAUUUUUGUGAAACUUGUAGAAAUGAAUUCCAAGAUAAACAAGAACAUAUGUCUUCCACAAUCCAUAACAUAAUGUCAAGUAAACACAGAAAGUUACCUGUGAAUUAUGUAAUACCAUCUUCUAACAAGGGCUAUCAAAUCAUGUUAAAAGUUGGUUGGGACAAGGAAUCUGGCUUGGGCCCUGAUGGUUCUGGUAAAAAAUAUCCAAUCAAAACUGUGCAAAAGAAAGAUCGAAAAGGUCUUGGACUAGGUAAAAUAAAAUUGAAGAAUAAAGAUGAAUGUAUGAAAGAUACUGAUAAAAGAAUGACUAAGAAAAGAAAACACAUUGAGAGACAAUUUGAAGUAAAUUUUAGAAGAGAAUUUUAUUGAUAAAAUGCUUUUGUUGUUUUAUUUAUACUAAUUUUAUCUGUCCUAAUCUUAACUGCACUAACCAAGGCUCACAGGCUUCAGUAAUAUCAGGCAUAAUUGCAAUCGGUAAUUUAGGUAUCAUUUUAAACAUCCUCAAAAUUUUAAUUUUUAAAUAUCUUGACUCUGAUUUUUAAGGAACUAGUACAAAAUAGUAUGUGAAUAAAACUAAAUUGCUAGAUGGAAGCUAUUGCAUUUCAAUUAAAAAUGAAUAUCCACAAAAGGAAGCCUAAUUUAGGUAUAUAUUCUUCCAUUUAUAAUACACAGAAAAAAAUUUUUUUUGGCAUUGAAGGAUCAUCCAGUAGUUUUUUUUUUUUGUACAAUAUAAUAAAAUAUAACACAGGUGCGAAUGGAGGUGUGAAUCCUAGUUUAUGGCCAUUGCACUUCUGGUAGAACCCCUCCUUUGUUGGUGAUCUAUUGUCACAUAUAUAUUUCUUGCAGAUUGCAGAUAUCUUAUUAAUAUAAAAAGAAAGUGUACAAUGGCUUCUGGACCUAAAUCUGCUGUCUGAGCUCCUACAAGCCAAGGUUGCAUCAUAAUUUUUUGACCGACUACUCUUGUAAUAUUACUUGGUGCUAUCAUUUCAAUUAAAUCCCUUCACAAGUGCUUGAGGUAAUUAAUUCAUGGUUGAUGCUUGAGAUUUGAAUAUUGCAAUGCUGUGCCUCAAGAUUGCUUUGCUGUAUGUCAUCUGAUUUUGCAUUUUGGUGAUUACAACGAAGGGAAGAUCUUCCACCAGCAGGUGAUAUUGCUCAUUUGAUCAAUGUUCCAAUGUUGUUGUUUGGAACUAUUAUAUAUGACAGCUUAUCUUUAAAAUAUUGCAAGAGAAAUUCAGGCACCGUCAAAUAUCUUGUGUUGUAUAAUAGAUACCAUCACAGCAUCCUUUUGGCAGUUUUUAUAUAAUGAUUGAAAACAGUGAUUUUAGUUCAAGUAAAUAAUGACAGCAUUUGCCACAUUCAUCCCAAUAAUUUGCCUCACCAUUAAUUCUAUAUUUCACUAGU